AUGGAGAAGGGUGCAUCAAAUAAUAGCCCUAAAUUGGUUAAAGAGAUUGAUUGUUAUAUGUCUCCGGAAAUUUCGAGCCGUUUGUUGGUUCUACGGCACAAAAAUCGUCCUUUUUCUCGUCCUCUUGAGACGGAGAUCAUUAAGGGAUCUAGAAUUAAAGCCAGUCUAGAUCAUUUGGAAAUAACUGUUGGCGAUGGCAGAUUGGACAAUAUAAAAGCAAGUGCGGAGAAGAAGGACUCAUAUACUCUUCGUUCAAUACCCGAAAAGAACAGUUGUACUUUGCUUGGUUAUUUUAUUAAUGGCGAGUGCCAUUUCGUUAGAUAUAAAAAUGAUGAUCUAGUUAUGGAUAACGUCAAAGAGCCUAUUAAAAUUUCGGAGUUCCUUGAGGGUCCAAUUGUGUCGUCCCAGCCACCUACUUCUUCAUCUACUGUUGUUUCUGCUCGAAUGCGGACAGAGGCUGAAAUGUUUGGCGCCAAACGCCUUGCAAGUCGACGAAAAACUGCUGAAAAUGACGAAGAUCUCAAAUAUCUUUCACAACUUAGUUUAACGCCCUGGAGACCUGCUCGUUUUAAACCUUAUAAUCCUCUAUAUGCCUAUGAAAAUCGAAGCUGCCUGAUGUGUACUGCAGACAACGUUUCUCAUGAUUGCCACGAAUUUACUCAGGAAUUUUGGAAUUCUAAGCUUCUCGCCCCGUUGCGUGAAGACUCUUCUAAAGUAACACCGGUGGAGGAUGACAAGAAUAAGAAACUGACGCUUGUGGAGCUUGUUCGGAAUAUUCUGGUGAAAGUUCAAGUCAUAAAGUUUGAAAAACUGAUGGAUUGUCUUAGAGGUCGGGCUUCAGAUAAAAUUAAAGUUACUCCGAAUGAUGUUAUUACUUGUCUUAAUAAGUGCGCUGUCUUGGUCAAGGGUUGGUGGGCUGUCAGAAGUGAUGUCCUCUACCCCCCAAACUCAUUAAGUGAACACGCUGCUGUUCCCAGCACCCAACUCAUUCGUGCUCGUGACUAUGUGAUGGCCGUAUUUCAUAGGAAUGGUCAUCUCACAAGAAAGACGGUUUCUUCAGUUACAAAAUUGCCUUCUCUCGAAGUUACGGAAAUUAUGGAAUCUCUGGGCCAUCGUAUCUCAUCGGGAACUGAGGGCCACAAUAAUCACUGGGAAUUCCGUCCACCAGAUGUUGAUUUCAUAAAGAGGCACCCGGAUGUUGUCCACCAGCACGCGGAAAAUUGGGAGUUACGAAUUCGACAACUCUGCUCACAACUCAAACUGGAUGUUCUUGUAUCUGAUACAGUUCAACGCAGACGUAGAUGCUCCGGUCGCCUCUCAGGAAGCGACACUGACGAUCUUUUCCCUUCACCCAGGGGUCAGCGCCGUUGUCGUCUACUUAGCCACUCUCCAGAUAAAUCACAGUCCUCUUCUCACCCCAUAGUCCGCUCUCCACCUGCUAAACGAGCUCGUACCAGAAGUGAUAGUACAUCUGGCGAUCAAGUCACUGUUAACUAUUUGUGCACUAAUGCUUCUGCAGGUUGCAUGGCUGUUGUAAGCAAUAACGUCCCCCAAACCCCACCACCCACGCCACUUUCUUCAGUCAACGAUAGUAAUCUACCCAAAUCGCCUACCGACAGCGCCACUAUCAGCAAGGAAAAUUCUACACCGAUCCCGCCACCUCCAUUGUUCAAUGAGGGUAGCAGUACGCGUUCGGCCUCACCGCCACCACUACCACCGUCUGUUCCAAAACGUACUCAGCCACCUACUCCAGCUGCUAUUAUUUCAAUGGCUUCAGCUAUGCAGGCAGCGAAUUCGCCGUUGUCUUUUAGGGUGGCUACUGAUCCAUCAGGCGAUCUUCUCAAACAAGAACCAAAGUCGCCAGGUCAUCAUCCAAUGGAGACUGACCCAUCACCACCAAUUCAAACUCCCUCAUUAUCCAAAACGAUUAUGCCACCUGCAAUCGUGCCUUCGAUUCAUGAGAAGGUAGAAGAACCAGACCGUAGUCAAGAGUACUCCAUGGUAAAUGAUCCGGAAAUCCGCACCUUCGUAAAGGAAAAACUACGAACACUUCCAAUUCUUGCACUAUCUGAGCUGACUAAGGCUUGCCAGUCCUCCUUCUGUAAAACUAAUGACUUCCUUAAGGGCUAA